GAAAAAAAAAAAAAAGAAAUAAUGGUGGAGAAUCUUUCCAAAUUUUUAAUUUGUGGACUUCUAAUAAGUUGCAGAGUCUUGCCAUUGCUUGCAACAUGCCACCUUAACAAUAUACGGAAUGAGUGGCAUGUAAUUUUGGAAUUUAAAAAUGAAGAAUUGAAAUUAUUGCGUCAAGAGCCAAUAGCCAAUGGCACCGUACUCUAUAUGGUCUGCAAUAUGAACGAUAUUGUGGAAAUGCGAUGUGAGAAUGGCCAACUGAUAUCGGAUACGCCAUUAAAUUUUUGCUAUAACCAUCUAAGACCCGAGCUAAAGGCAGAAACCGAUAGCGAAUUGUGUCGCCAUCAACUGUAUAGGGUUGGCUAUAACAUUCGCUGUCGUGAUCGGGAUUACUUCUUCACCACAUAUUCGGUGUGUUUUGAUCAUCAGAAGAUAAGAUCGGUGUUUACCAUCAGUGAAGCCUAUCCAUUUGUUCAGGGGCGACCAUUUGGCAUGCAAUUUGAUCCCGAUGAAAUUUUUACCAUGAACAUAUUCUCGGCAUACAACAAACGUAAUAUAUUUGCCAAUUUUCUAAAUCGUUUGGGCCACCAACAAUCCUAUAUGUCCCCCAACGAACAGGAGAGGCGUUUCGAUCGCGGUCACUUGACAGCGGCUGGCGACUUUAUGACCAACACCCUAAUUGCCUCAACAUUCAAGAUGAUCAAUGUCAUACCACAAUUUCAUGCCAUCAACGAUGGCAAUUGGCGUCUGAUGGAAGAGUGGGCGCGAAGCCCCGCAAAUACUCCGUCCAAGGUGUGCAGUGGUGCCUUUAAUUAUAUCCUGCACCUAACGAAUGCCGAGGGCCAAGAAGUACCCAUCUUUUUUCUUGACGAACGUAUUCCAGUUCCCUUGUGGACAUUUAAAGUGGUGUUAGAUCGCAAUGGUGAGCGGACGGUGUUCGUUCAAUACAACAAUAUUCAUGAUAGUAGGGUGCCACCUCAGCUGCCUGCUGACAUUUGCAGAACGAUCGCGUGUCCAUCGACAUUGCGUCUAACUCCCUCGAAUUUUUUGGGUUACACCUAUUGUUGUGAUCCAGGACAUUUUAUGAAUCAAGUAAUGCCCAAUUUGCGAGGAUAUUGUUAGGGGUGAAGUGA